UCGCGUGCGUCUGCCCCCCUCCGUGAGUCUGCCCGCCGCUCGCGCAAAAAAAGCCGUUCGCAUCGGCAGUUCCCCGCUCCCCGUCGCCCUUCGCCUCGCGUCGCACCUCGCCUCCCAGACCGACGCCGCUGCUCCCGCGACUCCCAGAUCGACGCGGGCAAGCCGGCGCUUGCGUCUCCCAUCGCCUCCCAGAUUGGGCCCCCUCCUCGACCGCCGGGACUUGAGCUUCGGGCGGAUCGAUCCGCCUCCUCCCUCCCUCCUUCGCCGCUGGAACCCUAGCUGUGGGCGGCUGAGCCCCCUCAUCCUCCCUAGCUGCCGGUGAGUCACAAUACUCGUACGAUCUACUCACCAUCAUCGGCAAGGAUGAGCCAGAGGAGACCAACCUGCUAGCCAUCAUGCCCGACAGCCACCCCAUCGCGACGCCGGCCAGGUCCAGGGCGUCUUGGCUGGAGGUGGUGCCCGCGGGGUCGCCACCCCCGCUGGCACAUGUGGAGGCGGGCCAGCCAUGUGAAAUUGGAGGAGGUGGAGGUCAAGGUCACGCCGUGGUAGACAGAGAAGGUGGCCAAGAUCAACAACCGCUUCAAGCAGGAGGAAGUAGUCAUCAACGGCUGAGGGACCGAGCAGGUGGGGAAGGCAUCCGCAUUACUCAAGAAGAUCGAGAGGAAGCUGGACGAGCAGCGUGCCAAGGCGGUGGAGAAGACGUAGAAUGCCAUUGCAAGGUGAUGCCACCGAAGAUCUGUGCCGGGAGGCGCGUCCCCCUCGCUCUCCGGCCUCCGAGUGCGUUGGGCGCCUCCUGCCUCGAUCUAAACCGUGCCUCCCCGCAUCUGCAGUAUCCAACUUCAAAGGAGCUGAGCAUCGGUAGGGUCAGGUUCAAGGCGUUCGGCCUCGACGGUCACCAGAUCAACCACUCGCGUUUUGGACCCCUGCGCCAAGUGCAGUUGCAAUGUCAAAUGUUCUGCAAACCUGUCUUGCCUUCUACAGCCUCCUUUUUUGAUCCAAAGGAGAUAUACUUGGCAAUGGGGAAGACGGGAAGUCAUCACUUUUAUCUGACUUCUCUUACAUUUUUUACCUAUGAUUGUUUGGAGUAUCAUUGUACUGAUGCAACAACUUUUUGCAAGUGCAAUCCAACAGUGGCUUUGAGGUUUAUGCUGGGCCGCUCAGCAACUAACAUGAAGCAUGUUGUUCUCUGGGGUACAGAGUGUUUUGUUUGCGAGAACAUAGCAAGUACGGUUUUUUUUACUGCAAAAAUGUAGGCUUCAAUUCACUACGAAGUGGCUCGGUUGCUAUUAUUGCUUCGACUUCAGAUUCUCUUCUAUACUUAUUAUCAGGAUUUAUCUUGUGGUUUACUAACUUCUCAAUGCAAACAUCAAACCUGUACUACCUAAUUGGUAAAAAACUAUGCAUCCAUUGGUGAGUUUUUUUUGGGCAACCCAUACUUCAAACUAUCUUUGGCUAAUUUAGAAGCAAAUACCAAUGUACUAAAACAAAGAAAAAAAAGUAAUCUAAAGGACUCAUUUUGUAUGAAAUUUUUAAUAUUCAUAAAUUGUUGACUGGGUUGUGAGGGUCUACAGGAGCUUGUAAAAACUUAAAUCUUCUAAGCACGGAUGCAUGGAUUCACGUCCAUAUCCUGCAUAGCACGAGAUCACCUUGGUUAUCUCUUUUUUGGACUCAUCACCUUGAUAUGUUUGUUGCAAUGCUUAGUGAUUCUUAAUUAACUAUUUGCCAACUGCACUUAAAGUGCGAGAUGGACUGCUUCGUAGGAAAAAUUAAGGUUGACCGUUGUACCUGGUAGCACUUAGGGAUUUCUGCUACUUGGAUUUGCUUCAGUACCAUGACUUUGGUAUGCUUGGCAAGCCUUCUCCCCUCCUUUUAUUCAUCACAGGAAGCAUGCAUUGAGGAAAAUAAAAAAGAGAGGAUGCUGAUGUACACUUGCAGAUUGCAAAUUCGCAAUGAUUACUUGACCCUAUGCGAGUCUUUUCCAGCGUGGUGUUUGAGAAGUGGUUUUUGGGUUUAGUUGGCUUCAACAGUACAUUCUCCCUAUGUUCAUAUAUGUUUGUUACCUUCCCUGGUAGUACUUGUAUAGACAUGCCACUGUUUGUGUAUGUGUACAAAUAAAUAUAACAUGCCUAUUUGAGUGUUCUUCAGCAGGAAUGCAUGAUUGAUGGAUGUUGAGAGCGAAGCAAAAACUGACACGAUGGAUCAUGCUGGAGUUUAUUUAUUCAUUUUGACGAAUAUGAGGUUUCAUAUUGAGAUGUGUGGUGGUGUUUUCGACUAGGCAUUGUGGAGGUUUCAUAUUGAGAUGUGUGGUGGUGCUUUCGACUAGGCAUUGUGUCCUCUACCGAUAUCAAUUUUCUAAUAGACUUGUAUUUAUAAUUGAAGGAAGUACAAGGUUUGAUUGUUAGUUUUUUGUCUAUUUUCUAGGAGUGGUAUCAGUUUGUCAUUGGUUUCAAGGGUUUAUUUCAAAAAUUAUAGAUAUAUAUGCUCUAUAUCAAAUUCA